AAAACCGCUGCUCGCCUGAGCCGCUUUAGUCCCUCGAUUUAUAAAAAUAAAAACACGUUAUUGUGUCUGGCUCUGAGGAUUUAAAACCUUGUUCUGCUUUAAAACCCUGAGCUGUGUGAGGACAUGAAAACAGAAACGUCCAUGGCUGGAGGGACGUCAGAAGUCCGUGUGAAGAAAGAGGAGACCCUGGAGCUGAAUAUCUACAACUAUGGAGACGAUCUCGACAACCCACCUGAAGGUCUCUCUGUUAAAGUUGAAGAUCCUGACAAUAAAGACUACCUCUGUAUACAGAAGCAUGCAGUGUGAAGAAUACAUCGAUGCCAAAAGAGAGACGCAUGUGAAUUGGAUGAGGUAUGUGAAUUGUGCCCGUAAUGAUGAUGAACAGAAUCUUGUGGCAUUUCAGUAUCGAGGGGCGAUUCUGUAUCGUUGCUGUCGACCCAUUAACCCAGGACAGGAGCUCUUGGUGUGGUAUGAAGAGGAGUACACCAAAGAACUCAGUCCUGCACCUACAGGAACAACCAGACAACAAGAAAUAAAGAACACUCUGCUGCAAGUCUUUUCCUGCUCCACAUGCCCUCGUUCUUAUACAUCUCAAAUUUACCUCAACAAACACAUCCAGAGAUGCCACUAUGAAGAGUAUGUGAGACUGCGGGAAUCAGGAGAGAUUAAAUAUGAACUUCAGAUCCCCUCUGAAGACUCCAGUAGUCAGCCAACAUCAUCUGAUCCUCUCAGUUCUGACCCUUCUCAUAAUGAUACACAGAAGGAAAUUCACCACUGUUCAGACUGUGGAAAGAGUUUUGGUCAUCAGAAUGCACUCAAGACGCACCAGUGCAGUCACACAGGAGAGAAGCCGUAUAACUGCUCACAGUGUGGGAAGAGUUUUACUCAUCGGAGUAAUCUCCAACGACACCAGCGCAUUCACACAGGAGAGAAGCUGCAUCACUGCUCACAGUGUGGGAAGUGUUUUACUCGUCAGAGUGAUCUCCAAAUACACCAGCGCAGUCACACAGGAGAGAAGCCGUAUCACUGCUCACAGUGUGGGAAGAGUUUUACUCAUCAGAGUAAUCUCCAUCGACACCAGCGCAUUCACACAGGAGAGAAGCUGCAUCACUGCUCACAGUGUGGGAAAUGUUUUACUUAUCGGCGUAAUCUCCAACGACACCAGCGCAUUCAUACAGGAGAGAAGCCGUAUCACUGCUCACAGUGUGGGAAGAGUUUUACUCAGCAGAGUAAUCUCCAAAAACACCAGCGCAUUCACACAGGAGAGAAGCCGCAUCACUGCACACAGUGUGGGAAGAGUUUUACUCAGCAGAGUGAUCUCCAACGACACCAGCGCAUUCACACAGGAGAGAAGCCGUAUAACUGCACACAGUGUGGGAAGAGUUUUACUCAUCGGAGUAAUCUCCAAAAACACCAGCGCAUUCACACAGGAGAGAAGCCGUUUCACUGAUCGCAGUGUGGAAAGAUGUUUACUUAUUCAGUUACAUUUAAAAUCUACAAGUGCACUAACUUGGAGACAUUGCAUGAUUAAAUUUGUCAAGUAAAUAUGGUUGUUAUUACAGUUUUGGCUGAAAAUGACCUGUACUUUUGAACUUUGUUUAUAUGACCGUUUUAAAAUGUGUAACCUUAUCGUGAUGUUUAAAACAAGACUAUUAAUGUUUUCUUUUGAUCUUAAGUAGUCCUUAAUUACCGCCAUACAAGGAACCAUUAAACUGCAACACUAUUAUCAGUGUAAUACUGCAGGAUUAGACUAAUUGUUAAUUGAAUUAUUACUGAUCAAGAGUUUUAAUGUACAACCCUGAUUCCAAAAAAGUUGGGACAAAGUACAAAUUGUAAAUAAAAACGGAAUGCAAUGAUGUGGAAGUUUCAAAAUUCCAUAUUUUAUUCAGAAUAGAACGUAGAUGACAUAUAAAAUUUUUAAACUGAGAAAAUUUAUCAUUUAAAGCAGGGGUAUUCAAUUAAAAGUCACUGAGGUCCAGUUAUUAAAUUUUGUCCAAGUGGAAGGUCCGAACCGAAGUCCAGCUUGUGUCUUAUAGCCUUCCCCUAUGUCCACAUUUUCAUAUGGUUUCAACAAUAUUUAUUGUUCAUUUCCAAUGCAGGAAAUGAACUGAGUGCACAACUAUCUCUUUUACCAUAAAUAAAAGUAGUCCCAGGAAAAUAAAUUCAAGGCCUUUAUUUCCGAUUAAAGAAAACAGAAACCUCAGAAUAAAGUAAAUAAAGUGCAAACAGAGUGGAAUAACUCCUUUUUCUCUUAAAUUAAAGAGGUCCCAACCUGAAGAAUUGAAGGCCUACACUUCAAGUAAAAAAGUCAACUCAGAAAAUAUUAACUAAAAAGUGCAAACAGAGCACUGACUUAACAUUUUCUCUUUUUUGUUCUUAAAAUAAGGAGGUCCCAGCCUAAAAAAAUGAGGGCCUACUUUUCAAGAAAAAAAAGUCCACAUCUUCAGAAAACAAGUGGCUUUUUGGGGGGGGAAAUGCAAACAGAAAAUUUUUCUUUGAACUUUUCUCUUUUAAUUCUUCUUUUACUGUUCUUAAUGAGAAAAACGGGCAUGUGGCUGACCUGCCAGUAAUUUAAAUCUUGGUUGGAGUGCCAUUCUCAUGCAGAUAUGUAGGUGUUCAUUGUUGAGCCUAGAAUGGUACUUGGUUUUGACAAUGUUCAUAGUGGAAAAAGCUGACUCACAGCUGUAAGUUGAUCCAAACAUAGUCAAGGUGUGCAGUGCUACUUUGAUUAGACCAGGGAACACACUCCAAUGUGUUUAUGUUGCCCCAAAAUCCACGCUACUUUUAAGGAACAUUCGUUUGCACGUUGCUGGGCUGUAAAUGUAUGUGUAAUGAGUCGGGUAGACCUGUUAUAUUGUGCUUGCAGAUCGGUUAUUUUGCGUGCCCUCAGCUCGGACUUCAGGGGACAACUUUGCUCAAAAGAGCUGUGCUUUGUUUCGUAGUGGCGCUUCACAUUGCCGCUUUUAAUUAAUGCCACGUUUUCGAAGCAUAUGAGGCACACUGGUUUUGAACUGCUCGCCGGAAGAAUGAACAUAUAUUUCUCCAUCCAUUCAUCUUUUAAACAACGAUUUUCCUUGUCUACUUUCCGCCGCCUUUUGGAGCAAGCCAUGUUGUCUCGGUCGGUUGUCUCUUAACUUAACUCUCUUCCUCUCUGCUUGUUGCACUGCUGUGGCGUGCUGGGCAAACUAACGAUUUUAUUGGCUCAACUGAGUGAAGCUAUUGUCAUAUUAACUGGAGUAGCAGCGCCUGCUGUCAAUAGCCACGACCGUCCAAAAUAAUGCUUCAUGAAAAUUACUUAAUCUCGUGAAUUUACCAUUGGUCACGGGUCCGGACAGAACCAUCACUGGGCCCGGAUCCGGACCGAGGUCCGCCAUUUGGUGAUGCCUGAUUUAAAGAGAAAAAUUAGGUGAUUUUUAAAUUUCAUGACAACAACACAUUUCAAAAAAGUUGGGACAAGGCCAUGUUUACCACUGUGAGACAUCCCCUUUUCUCUUUACAACAGUCUGUAAACGUCUGGGGACUGAUGAGACAAGUUGCUCAAGUUUAGGGAUAGGAAUGUUAACCCAUUCUUGUCUAAUGUAGGAUUCUCGUUGCUCAACUGUUUUAGGUCUUUUUUGUCAUAUCUUCUGUUUUAUGAUGCGCCAAAUGUUUUCUAUGGGUGAAAGAUCUGGACUGCAGGCUGGCCAGUUCAGUACUCGGACCCUUCUUCUACGCAGCCAUGAUGCUGUAAUUGAUGCAGUAUGUGGUUUGGCAUUGUCAUGUUGGAAAACACAAGGUCUUCCCUGAAAGAGACGUCGUCUGGAUGGGAGCAUAUGUUGCUCUAGAACCUGGAUAUACCUUUCAGCAUUGAUGGUGUCUUUCCAGAUGUGUAAGCUGCCCAUGCCACAUGCACUAAUGCAACCCCAUACCAUCAGAGAUGCAGGCUUCUGAACUGAGCGCUGAUAACAACUUGGGUCGUCCUUCUCCUCUUUAGUCCGAAUGACACGGCAUCCCUGAUUUCCAUAAAGAACUUCAAAUUUUGAUUCGUCUGACCACAGAAUAGUUUUCCACUUUGCCACAGUCCAUUUUAAAUGAGCCUUGGCCCAGAGAAGACGUCUGCACUUCUGGAUCGUGUUUAGAUACGGCUUCUUCUUUGAACUAUAGAGUUUUAGCUGGCAAUGGCGGCUGGCACGGUGAAUUGUGUUCACAGAUAAUGUUCUCUGGAAAUAUUCCUGAGCCCAUUUUGUGAUUUCCAAUCAUGAAAGCAUGCCUGUAUGUGAUGCAGUGCCGUCUAAGGGCCCGAAGAUCACGGGCACCCAGUAUGGUUUUCCGGCCUUGACCCUUACGCAUAGAGAUUCUUCCAGAUUCUCUGAAUCUUUUGAUGAUAUUAUGCACUGUAGAUGAUGAUAUGUUCAAACUCUUAGCAAUUUUACACUGUCGAACUCCUUUCUGAUAUUGCUCCACUAUUUGUCGGCGCAGAAUUAGGGGGAUUGAUGAUCCUCUUCCCAUCUUUACUUCUGAGAGCCGCUGCCACUCCAAGAUGCUCUUUUUAUACCCAGUCAUGUUAAUGAUCUAUUGCCAAUUGACCUAAUGAGUUGCAAUUUGGUCCUCCAGCUGUUCCUUUUUUGUACCUUUAACUUUUCCAGCCUCUUAUUGCC